AUGAAGUUCGUCAAGUCUCGGUAUUACAAUCUGAAUCGAAUAGGUAUGAUCUUCGUGGGCGUCUGGCCGUAUCGAAAAGGCAAAUUCGUGUACAUUCAAAAAGUAUUAUUUUUCGGCAUAUUCGGAUGUUUUCUCGCGUCACAGGUGAAACAAUGUCUCGAACGAAUAGAACACGACUGGGCCACACUGAAUGGUAAAGAAUUCGAAAUAGUAAAAGAAUACGCUAACAUAUCCAGAUUUUUCACGCUAGCUUUUCUCUUUACCAUUCUGGUGGUCGGAUGUUGCAUUCCGAUUGUACAGUUUUUACCUGUGAUUUUGAACGUUAUCUUUCCGUCACAAACACCCCGCCCUUUCUCACGGCGUCUUAUCAUUCGCAUGGAAUUUCUGAUCGACGAGGAAAAAUAUUUUUUCGCGAUAUUAUUUUACGGAGCCGUGGGAUGGACUAUUGGAUCGGUCGCGAUAGUGAGCAUAGGAUGUUCGAUACUUACAUUCGGAUAUCACACAUGCGCGAUGUUUAAGAUCGCAUGUUACCGAAUGGAACGCGCGAUGGAAGGUUGCGACGGUUUCGACAUCACAACGCAAAAUACUAUUCGAAAUGGAAUAAUCAGCGCUCUGAACAUUCAUCGAGAAGCUAUAAAAUUCGCGGACAUCGUACAAUCGAACUUCAUGACAUUCUACUUCUUCAUAAUUGUUGCUUGCGUGGCGUCUCUUGUGCAAGCGUUAUACUCGCAUUCUUUGGAGGAAAUAUUUACCACCGUUUCCUAUAUCAGUACAUUGUUUAUGUACAUGUUUUGGACGAACUACGCGGCGCAGCUGAUUACGGAUCACUUCGAUCAGAUUUUUACAGCAACAUACGGAUGUCCCUGGUACAUGACGUCUGUACAGAUACAGAAGUUGAUAGUAUUUAUUUUACAACGAGGCACACAGCCCUACGCACGGCACAUCUUCAGUGCGUUCACUCUAUCGCUAGAAGGAUUUGCCACGCUAGUGAGCGCAUCCAUGUCGUACUUCUCCGUAAUUUAUGCUGCACAAUAG